CACACACACACACUAAGACAGAGAGAGAGAGAGAGAUGACAAGCAUGGAGGGCGUGGUGAUCAAGCACCGGACUGUGGAGGUCAAUGACAUCUCGAUGCACGUGGCGGAGGCCGGCCCCGAGGGGCACUCCAAGGGGACUGUGUUGUUCCUACACGGUUUCCCGGAGCUAUGGUACACGUGGCGCCACCAGAUGGAGAAUCUGGCAGCACGCGGCUACCACUGCGUCGCGCCUGACCUCCGUGGCUAUGGCGGUACCACCGCCCCGUCCGACGUGGAAUCUUACACUGCCUUCCAUAUCGUCGGUGACAUCGUCGCGCUUCUCAAUACCCUCGGGCUUGCAAAGGUGUUUGUGGUGGGACAUGACUGGGGGGCACUGAUCGCGUGGUACGUGUGCCUAUUCCGGCCGGACCGCGUCACGGCGCUUGUCAACACCAGCCUCGCCUUCAUCCGCAACAUCAUCGCACGCAACGGACCCGGCUUCGUGAAGCCCACCGACUACUUCAACCGCGCCUACGGCCCCGACUACUACAUGUGCCGCUUCCAGGAGCCUGGGGUCGCCGAGGCGCGGCAGUUCGCACCGGCGCACGCUAGGCGCCUCCUGCGGCAGAUCAUGUGCCACUGCUUCAGCCACGGCGUGGCCUGUGAGGAGGAAAUGCACGACAACAAGUACCCGACGUCUACGCUCCCUCCUUGGCUCACCGAGGAAGACGUGGACUACUUUGGCGCCGAGUUCGAGAGGACUGGGUUCACUGGCGGCAUCAACUACUACCGCAACCUGGACAGGAACUGCGAGCUGGCUGCGGCGUGGGCGGACGCCAAGGUGCAGGUGCCGACCAAGUAUGUGGUGGGUGAAGGUGAAAUCACGUACCACUUCGAGGGGGUUCGGGAGUACAUCCACGGGGGCGGGUUCAAGGAGGACGUGCCACUGCUAGAGGAGGUGGUCGUCCUCCCCGGCGCCGGCCACUUCAUCCAGCUGGAGAGGGCACAGGAGGUCAGUGAUCAUAUCUACGACUUCAUCAUCAAGUUCUCACCUCCAACCUAAGAUGGGAUUCACAAGCAUCCAUCUACUGCUUUGGGUUGUCGGUGUUUGAUCUUGCGUGUGUAUGUUUGUUCUUGGAUCAUCUGUUUACCUACCUGUUCCGAUUGAUAAAUGUUGAUAUGUUGUUAGGGCGGGAGGUAGGGUUUACCAGAGAGGAGAUGUACUUUAUAAAACAAAACAUGUGAUAUAUUAAGUCUUACUACAUUUUAUAUUAUGAA